UUUCGUGGCUAUAAGGAAAAUAGAGAAAACCAAUUGGUUUGGCUCGAAUUUUUUUUGGUUUCCCGUGAGAUAUUACAUAUUGCCACUGUAAUUGCGUGGCUAAAUCGUGGCUAGUCCAAAAUUUUGGUAAACCAAUUGGAUUGGCUCCAAUUGAUUUGGUUUUGGCUCCAAUUGUUUUUAAUUUCGCGGUUUAGUGCCACGGUUUAGCCACUGAUAUUUCGUGGCUGUAGAAAAGGGUUUAAUAAUUCAGUUUUCUUCUUUCUUCUCAACACUUAGAGAAAAAAAGAUACUCUCUCUCUCUCGACUCGCGACGGAACGGUUCUUCUCCUCUCUGUUUCUUGUGUCGCCAUCUCCGGUUCAAUCUCGCCGUCUCCGAUUCAAUUUGCCGUCUCCGAUUCCAUCUCCCACCUCUCAUGGUAACCCUCUCUCUUUCUCUUCUCCUUUCUCGGAGAUGAAACCCUUCGAUUCUCGAUUCGAUAUGAUGUUUUAGGGUUUUCGAUCUAGGGUUUCGAUUUCUCUCUAUCUUGUUUGAUUGGUUGUUACAUGUCUACUUUCUGUUUCGAUAUAGGGUUUUUUUUAUUUUAGAGUAUCGAUUAGGGGCUUUGUCUGUCUACUUUCUGUUUCGAUUAGGGGUUUUGUCUGUCUACUUUCUGUUCUUCGUUUAGAUUUGUCUUUCUCUCUUUCUUGACUCUAAAGAUGUGUUCUUGUUGGUUUUGUACAGAUGAACUCAACAAGAGCACCUGGAACACAAGCUGCGUCUCCUCCUAUGCCUUCGGGUGCUACUGGACCCGCUGUUUACCAUGCUGGGUCUCCUCCUAUGCCUCCUGGUGCUACUGGAACCGCUCCAAACCAUGCUGCUUCCUCAUCUCGUUCCAACAGCUACCCGCAGAUGACCCUUAAUGCGAUGCUCAACUCACUUGCUAGGCUCUCACAGCCACAUCUCCAUCCUGAUAAACCGAAUGGAGCUUUAUGGUAAGAUCACUUCCUCAUCUUUGAAUGUUUCUGUUAUUUGAAUUGUGUCUUUGAUUGGUUAGGAUUGUUUCUGUUAGGAUUGUUUUGUGAAAUUUUAGGUAUGAUUUUGUCAUAGUCUUGUUUCAGUUACUGAUGUUUGGUAUUGACCCAUGUAUCCAUGCUUUCAUCCGUGCAACUUGGCAAGGAUACUACAUGGGUCCUUGGAAGAGUUGGAAUAAGGUGCCUGAGGAAAUGAAGGAUUCCUGGUGGCAAACGUUUGUGCAAAAUUUCUACUGGGAGCCUCAAUUUAAUGAUUUGGUCUACGGUCUGUGGAAGAAGGAAACGAUGACAUCCGUUGGUGAAAGGAUUAGCAAGAAGAAGAGGCAACACAAGAAGCCAAAGUACAUCAAUGAUAGCGACUGGACACUGCUUCUGGAGUAUUGGGCGACUGAUGAAGCUAAAAAGAAAAGCAAGAAGGCUGCUAAAAGCCGCAAGGCUGAUCCUGUGGGUAAAGGGUGCCACAAGCAUAAUGCAGGCCCUAGGUGUUUUGCAAGGAUAGCGUAUAACAUGACGCAAGCCUCUGGUGAACCACCAUCCUACACUGCCCUUGUCAGGGAGACACACUCCCGACCAGAUGGGACUUUUGUGGACUAUCGGGCUGAAGAACGGGCUGAAGAACUGGGAACUCAGGCCGAGAUGGAAGCCACACAGCUCUCUAACACUGAAGGAUCACCAGGGAGUCCAAGUGCAUCAUCUGCUCCUUCUCGCCUCAUGUUAAACAAGGCUUAUCUGAAGAAUGCUAAGAGUAAGAGGGGAUAUGUUUACGGACUGGGCAGUGAACAAUUCAGGGAGCAUGCGCCUUCUUCACGCGUCCCCAAUGGUAUUGCCCGCAACCUGGACCUGGAGAUGCGUGUGGGCGGUCUUGAGACAACCCUCCAAAGUGUCACUUCUGAUGUUGCUGGGGUGAAACAGGACGUCUCAGACAUGAGGCAGGACUUUGCAGCAACAAGGGAAGCAAUCAAUCAGCUCCUCCAAACACUUAGAGAGAAUGCUCGAAAGAAAAGAGAUAGAGAGGAAACUGAUCGUACUAGAGCAGCAGUGGCUUGGUCACCAAUCCAGCAGUGGCUUCGUCACCAUCAGACUGUGAAUUUCCAGCUGCAAACGAAUCAGAACAUUAUCACAAUCCUGCUCCGCAACACCCUCCGAGUCAGAAGCCUGAAAACAUAA